AUGAGACAUAGUGCGAAAAAUACUGUAAGACGUAGUGUGAAAAAUACCAUGAGACGUAGUACAAAAAAUACUAUGAGACAUAGUGCAAAAAAUACUGUAAGACGUAGUGUGAAAAUACUUGCGAAAAAUGCUGUGAGAUGUAGUGCAAAAAAUACUAUGAGAUGUAGUGCGAAAAAUACCAUGAGACGUAGUGUGAAAAAUACCGUGAGACAUAGUGCAAAAAUACUGUGA